CACGACGCCUUUCUUUUGUCUGACAUCUUGUUUUUCAGCUUUGUUGGUGAAGUGAACCCGAAAUAUGUUAUAAUCUAUAGGGAAAAAACGAUCAUUUUGGUGUUUUGAGCAUAGAAAAGUGUUGUGAAGUGUUUAGAUUUGUAAGGCAAAUUGUUAAACUUGGCGUAAGUUAAAAGUUGACCGCACAAAUCGCAUUUCAAUUUGUUGGAUUUACGUCGGCCAUAGAUUUUGGAUUUCAUUAUGAAUAAGAGAAGGAGAAACAGCUCUUAUCAAAGUCCCCUAGAUGAUGAUGAAAGUGGUGAAGAAUCCACUCCAAGGCAAUCUCCGGCACCGUCUGUUCCGCGGAAGAAGAAGAAGCUCGAUCCGGCGGAAUUAUGCCAGCAUCUAUACGAGUCGAUUCGUGCCUUCAAGAAGGAAGAUGGAACUACCUUGUGUGAUACUUUCAUACGGGCUCCCAAACGCAGACAGGAGCCGUCCUACUACGAGGUGGUGGUCAAUCCAAUCGAUCUGUUGAAAGUUCAGCAGAAGCUUAAAACCGAAGCCUACGAGGAUGUUGAUGAUUUAAAGACCGAUGUGGAGUUAAUCGUGAAGAAUGCCAAGGCUUUCUACAAACCCGAUUCGCCCGAGUAUCAAGACGCUUGCCAGUUGUUAGAAGUUUUCAACACAAAUCGAAUCAAGCUAAUGGAGAGUCAGCAGGAACAGGAUUCAAGUGAACCUAGACCACGUAAAAUUGUCCGUCCACGAAAGUCGACUCACGAAGAAGAACCCGACACAGAUGAUUUUGAUCCAUAUGAAGAAUUGUUCAACUCGGUCAUGACCGCAACAGAUGAGAAUCGUGAACUGCAUAGGAUGUUUCAACUGUUGCCAUCGAAGAAGCUCUAUCCCGAGUACUACGACGUCAUUGAUCAUCCGAUUGACCUGAAGUGUAUCGCCGUUAAGAUUCAGACAAACGCUUAUGCGACUCUGAACGAUAUGGAAAAGGAUUUACUGCAGAUGAUCAAAAAUGCCUGUACGUUUAACGAACCGGGCUCGCAGAUCUACAAGGAUGCUAAAACUUUAAAACGGAUUUUCACAAGCCGAAAAGCGGACAUCGAGGCUGGUCGGUUCCGUAAAAGUGCGAACCGGAAGGCGCGAACUGGGACUAGUUUGAGCUCAAUGGUUGCCGCUCUGAAGGAAGAGAUCGAGAGCUCUGACGACGAGCUUGAUGAUUCGAUGGAAACCGAAGGGGAUGGCCCACUUUGGCAACUAUUCGAUCAACUGUACAACACUGCUAACACCAAUGAUCCCAAUGCUGUAGGCGCACCGCUGGGAGAAUCGCUCUGGAAACUGCCGAACCGUCGGUUCCAUCCAGAAUAUUAUGCACAAAUUAAGAAACCAAUUUCCAUGGGUCAGGUGCGCAACAAGCUGAAGAAGGGACUGUACUCGAACGUGACGGAUAUGAGUGCGGAUUUGUACGUUAUGCUGGACAACGCUAAGAAAACAAAUCCACCGAGUAGUAAAAUCUAUAAGGAUGCUGUCAAGAUGCAAAAGCUUCUCAAUCAAAAAUUGAUCGAUGCUCGUGAUCUAGACAAUAGCGACGACGAAAAUGAUACCGAUUCAUCUUUGGCAACGGUAGCCCCCGUUAAAACCCCCAACCCCAAGCGAAGUCGUCCCCGCAGCCGUGCUGCUUGCGCUAUAAUUCACUCUCCACCACAAACAUCUUCCGGAACGGCUACCAGUACCCCGGUGGCCAAGGGAGCAAAUCGACAAUCGCUGCUGGGCACACUGAAGAAAAAACUUUUGUCGCUGCACGACUAUAUGGUAGAUUUCACCGUCGCUGGACGGCAACCGAUGAUAUUAUUUAUGGAGAAACCUUCGAAAAAGUUGUACCCGGAUUACUAUCAGGUAAUUCAGCAUCCCAUCGAUAUGAUGACGAUCGAGCAUAAUAUGAAGGCCGAUCGGUACAACACGUUGGACGAUGUGGUUGGCGAUUACCGGCUUAUGUUCUCCAACUGCCGGAAGUACAAUGAAGAAGGCUCGCAAAUCUACGAGGAUGCUAACAUUCUGGAAAAGGCGCUCAAUGAAAAGUUGAAGGAGUUCUCAUCGAUUAGUAAAAGACUUAGUACACCUAAACCCACUACCAGGGCCAAACCGAAGCUCAACACAUUGGAAUCCAAGCUAAAACAUCUGUACGAAACCGUCCGAGAGUACCGAGAACCGAAAGCAAAUCGUCAGUUAUCUUUCAUCUUUGUGAAGUUACCAUCGAAGAAUGAAUAUCCUGACUAUUACGAUAUCAUCAAGAACCCCAUCGAUAUUGACAAGAUCGAGCUGAAGCUACGCAAACAAAGCUACGAAAGCGUUGAAGAAAUGGCUACCGAUUUUAUGCUGAUGUUUGAAAAUGCCUGCAAAUACAACGAACCCGACUCUCAGAUCUACAAGGAUGCUCUGUGCCUACAGCAGCUCGUAAUCCAAACGAAGCAAGCACUGCGAAGCGACGAAACCGUCCCGGAUGUUCCACAGGCUGUGCAAGAACUGCUGCUUUCGUUGUUCACCAAUCUGUACAAUUAUCAGGACGAUGAAGGGCGGUGCUACACGGAUUCGUUGUCGGAACUGCCCGAGCAUGAUGAGACUUCGGAUGGAAAUAAGGUCCGUGGAAUUUCACUUGACUUGAUUAAGCGUCGCCUGGAUAAGGGUCUGUACAAACGACUGGACCUGUUUCAAGAGGAUAUUUUCACUUGCUUGGAGCGAGCUCGCAAGCUGAGCCGCACUGAUUCGCAGGUGUUUGAGGAUUCUAUCGAAAUGCAGUCAUAUUUUAUCAAGAAACGCGACGAACUCUGCCGCCAUGGCAAUGUGCUUGAAUCUCCGGCAUUAAGUUACACUUCAAUGCAUUUGAGCGCGGCAGUGGAGGCACUUCGACAGACCAAGCUACUGGAGGAAGAGGCCGAUACAGAGUCGGAUGCGAUGCAACCAUCACAGGGUGAAAGUAUGACCAUUGAUCAAAAGGUGUUCUCCCCCGGAGAUUUCGUUUACGUCGAUCUUCCAGAUAACAAAAUUCCCGGCAUCAUGUACAUCGAACGGCUAUGGACAAACAGCGACAACAUAAAGAUGAUGUAUGGCAACAUGAUGCUUCGGCCGUACGAAACGUAUCAUCUGCAAACGCGUAAAUUUAUGGAGCAGGAAGUGUUCAAAAGCGACCAACAUCAGGCCAUUCCCUUGUUCCAAGCACAGAACAAGUGCUUGGUGAUGCACGUCAAAGACUACUUCAAGAUGCGCCCGGAAGGUUUUGCCGACAGAGACGUCUUCGUUUGCGAAUCCCGUUACAGUUCACGGGGACGAUGCUUCAAGAAGAUCAAAACGUGGACCAUGGUGCGUGCGAACGAUCCGGUAAAAUUGAUUCCACGCGAGACACCGCUGGACGUGAAACGAGUACAGUCCGUGUUCAAGGAGCGCGUUGAAAAGCAUAAGGAAGAGCUCUCCGAGCUACAAAUGCAGGAAGCGCUUGUGGAGAAGGAAAAACCGAAUGUGGUUGUGUACGUGAACGGUGGCGACGAGGGUAGCGUGUUUUACGAACAGUAUAAUACUGUCUGCGGUGGGGUCGUGAAGACUGGCGACUUUGUUUACGUUGCCACCGAAGCUGGGAAACAAUCGGUGGCACAGAUUCAAUCGCUGUGGGAGACGAAAGAUGGAAAAUCAUUCUUCCGUGGUCCGUGGUUGCUAACACCCCCGGAGGUUCCCGGCACCAUUAGCCGUUUGUUUUAUCGUCAGGAAGUUCUGCUCUCGUCGGUUCAGGAAAGCACCCCUACAGUGGCGAUCGUUGGGCGCUGUGCCGUCCAAGAACAGCAUGAAUACAUUACAAGACGACCAACCGAGAUCCCAGAGGCGGAUGUGUUUCUCUGCGAAUCAAUGUACGACGAGAUGAAGAAGCAGAUACGAAAGUUGGGUGCGGGUGGAUUGAAGAAGUUCAGUCAUUCGCAGAUGGUAACGAUAGAUGAAAUUUAUCACUUCCGAAGGCCGAUCAAUCCCCCAAAGGUCACCUGUGGUGAAAUCGCAGCCAUGCAGGAAAACAGGCCGAUUCCAUCGGGCGAUCUGGAAUGCAAAGAAGAAUUCGGAAUUAUUGAUGACUCGAUCGAUGGCCCGCCAUCGAUCGGUUCGGAUGUGGUGGCCACGGCAUCCCCGGUACCACCAACUACGACGAGCACCCCGCAAGCUUCCGGCAAGAAGGGCAAACAAGGUGGACGAAAGUUGGUUACCGGGUACAUUUUGUACUCUAGCGAACAUCGAAAAACGAUCGUCGCCAGCAAUCCGGAAGCCACCUUCGGUGAAGUGUCACGCAUUGUCGGUAAUGAAUGGCGUACACUGCCGGACCAGGUGAAGACAACAUGGGAGCAGAGGGCUUUGAAAAUGAACGAAGAAAGUGCCGCCAAAUUCGCGGCGGAAACAGGAGAAGGACAUUGUCCCAGCCCGGCACCGACCAAAUCGGAAGGACCAAUCGUUCAGGAGAUUGUCACAAAUCAUGUUUACGAAUGCAGCUGGGAAAAGUGCGACUAUCAAUUUGAGGAUCCGUUCGAUUGUGUGGAACACUGCAUCACUGACGUAACCGGGUGCGUCUAUAAGACAUUCAUGAAAGCCAGCGAGCCGGAGUUUUUCUGCAUUUGGCGAAACUGUGUCCGUUUGCGGCGAAAUAUGCCAGCGUUCCCUCACAUGCAACGUCUGGUGAAGCAUGUCCGUGAAGUGCACUUGACCAAGACAGUCGGUAAACUUGUACUGCCGCAGGAUCGCAGCAAGAACUUUGUUGCCGCUAAACGGCAAUCUAUUUCACAACCUCACCCAUCGACCGUGAAACAACAACCGGUUCCAGUCGGCACCGGAAGUCCAGGAUUACCACCAGCAGCAUCAGGAACCACAUCCAGCAGCACUGCCUCGAGUGACGCUGGGGGUCCGGCGGCUCCCGCUAGCCAGACACAACCAAACGGGGCUGCCGGUGCGGGUGCGAACAAUCAGUCAAGUAAUUACAUUCCUGCGUCGUACUAUAAUUUCGUUCCAGCGCCACCAGCCGAGCCGCUGUUUGUCACCGUACCGCCUCGACCGCAACGCGUUCUUCACUCGGAGGCUUACAUACGCUAUAUCGAGGGAUUGCAGAGUGGUUCGCAGUAUAUAACGCCCUGGCAGAAGACGCUGACGGCAACCCGCGAAAACAUCCCGAAUCAGGACGUAAGUCGCCUACCGACGCACUGGCUCGGCAAGAAGGGCCGCGACAAACCGGAAGCGGUGGUCGAUGCUCUCUGGCAGCUGCGUAGCUUCCUGAUGAAAGACGUCGUUCAGUUUGAUCGAUUUUAAAUCUCAUUUCGUAAGAUACAUAGAGCUAAAAAGCAGUAGGACAAUCUUUCUUUCCCGGAAGGAUAAUAGUAUAACCGUACGGUAAGGAACGUAUAUACAUUUUAUUGUCUAUAUUUAAACAUUAUGGUCCACAAUGUAAAAAGUGUGGAUAAUAUAUGCAUUUGACGUACCUAUUAUGUUAA